AUUUCUGCUGUCGUCUGCUAUACAUUUGCUGGUCUCGUACACUUGUUCGCUGGCAGUUACCAAUGCUAUUACAUCCUGUACAUUUUGAGGCCUUGUCUGUCAUUAAAGCAGUCUGAAGUAUACUUGUAAUGACCGUGGACUGGCUCGUCUGAUGACCUACAUAAUACCCCCGACAUCUUGUGUGUCAGUGUAGCCGACCAGUACUAGUGUCCACAGCGAAUACAGGAAACCUCCGCCAUUGUUGUCGAAGCCGUGGUUUAAGUGGGUUGAAUUUUAAUGGAAACUUAACCUCUGUUUCACAGACUUCAUAUAGAAGAUGAACUUUGGAUGUGACCAGCUGGCGAGUUUUCUGAAGAGCAAGGGCGUGUCGGCCGAGGGUAUAGACAGUGUCCGAGGAAAUGGCAUCAGUGGCGAUAUGUUCAUGCAGUUCUGUGAGGAGGACAUCCGGGACGCAUUCACCGUGUUUAAGGAUCGGUUUACUGUGCGGAAGGUUAUCCGAGAGUUAAAACUAGGACAACCGAUCAAACCCUCCACACCGAGUUCCGCACCACAAUCUGCGGCACAGCCUUCCCUACAGCGUACAACGCAGCAGCCGUCCAGAGUAUCAGAACAACGCACAGUAUACCAAAACAAUGUAGACCAACAUCGGCCUUUCUCUGGUCAUAUGUCAAAUACAUCAAUAAAAUCUCCUCAUGGGACGUGUGAGAGACAGUUGUUUAUGCCUACCACGGAUACACAACGGUCGUCUUUUGGAGGCGGAGGUUCACAACAGUCUAUAAAUAUGACGUCUAGAUUGUCAAACGACAGUUAUGGAAUUGGGGGCGUGAAGAGACGCUUAUCAACAGAUCAUAUUAAACGUGAGCCGCCUGAGAACAGAAUGGAUAGUUCUUCGGGAGUAUGCAUAGACCUACGACCAAAGGCACCAGAGCAGAAACAGGAACAGAAUUCUGUAUUUCCGUACGGUAGUCCACAGCUAAUGAACGCCACUGUUUCCAGCACUGAAGAGGAACUGAGGGCAAAGAGAAACAACGUAUCCCCCCUUCACAGACAGAACCCCGGAGUCCCCUAUCCGGUCUGUUUGACACAAGUUAUACCUAGUUCCUCAUCGGCACAGGUUCAGCAUUCUCCCACAGUCAAACCGGAAACCAACCAACAGAUGAUAACGAUGGCUGGAGAAAAACAUCACGGGCAGCGCCCCCCACUUGACCACACGUCACAGUCACUCAGUCCGGCGAUGGCGAACCCACAUCGAUAUGAUGAGUCGGGUUCAUUUAUGUUGAGUUUGGUCUCAAGUAGUAUUUCCAGAUUUUCAGGUGAAGAACUUUUAGGAAAGAAGCCUGUAAGGGGGCGUCCGACUGAGGCCCAACGUCUAGGAACAGUGUUGAUUAGGAACGCCGCCCAAUCUGUCCGGAUAUGGGACUCGGCACCUUUAUGGAAAGACAUUUCUCACGAGAAACGCGACGGUUUCAUGCAAUACGUAAUCUCCACGGCUCCGCAACUAGCAUCCUACAGCGAGCUCGUGUGGAAUCGUCUCCGAGAGGCUCUACAGAAUCGACGGAAAUAUCUACUCGAUAAGGAAACGGGAAGACGUGUAUUAAAAAGUUCUCCUUUACUGAUGCAAGUUAAAGACGAUCAUUCCAUGCCGUCAAUAAAUAUAGCAGAUGUCCGUGGUCUGAUAGACCUUACGGAACAGCAGGAACAAGACGACAUUAAGUUGGCUGAUAUCGUUAAGACUGAGGAAACAUAAGGAUGUCGGAGAGGUCGGCGGUGCUCGUUUUAUUCUAGUCAUUUUACAUUUUAUAUUGUUUUGUGUAUCGCAUUGAAAUCCCAGGGUUGCGCUUUUUCGAUAUACAGCUGUUCUCUUUACAUUGACUAUAAAAUCUCUAUUGAUUAACCAAGACUAUUGCUCGUCAAUAUCACAGUAUAGGAGAACACCUGUGUAACGGCAUUGGAACCACUCUGUUUCAAUGAUGUUUCGUCUUAUGAUGAUUUUCACAAUGUUCAAAUAAAUUUUGUUGUAUUAAGAUUA